CAGUCGGAGCAUUUUUCUUCGCUUUGCUACAUCUGGUAGUAGUAUCCGACAGCGGCCAUAUGUAAUUUAAUCUCAUUCAUUCACUCUCAGACGCACUUUGGCUCCUUUUGUUGACACCAGACUAAGGUUUUUAGGGCGAGAAGCUGCGCGUUUGUCUCCGCUCCGGCUUUCUUUUGGACGUUUGGUCGUCAGUUUAUGCCUCGGUGACUGUCCGUUGCAGGCUGGGUGGUGACAGCAUAGCACAAUGAUCGAGCGACCAGAGACUGCGGUUCCCAGCAUCGCUCAGCGGAACCUGGAGGGCUAUGUGGGCUUCGCCAAUCUCCCCAACCAGGUGUAUCGGAAGUCGGUCAAAAGAGGGUUUGAGUUUACACUAAUGGUUGUCGGUGAGUCUGGUCUUGGGAAAUCAACACUCAUCAACUCUCUGUUCCUGACUGACCUGUACUCCAAGGACUACCCUGGACCCUCCCAGCGCAUCAAGAAGACUGUGCAGGUGGAGCAGUCCAAAGUGCUGAUUAAGGAAGGAGGGGUCCAGCUGACACUCACCAUUGUCGACACACCAGGGUUUGGAGACGCUGUGGACAACAGCAACUGUUGGCAGCCAGUCAUAAACUACAUUGACAGUAAGUGCGAGGACUUCCUGAAUGCAGAGUCGAGGGUGAACCGCAGGUCCAUGCCAGACAAUAGAGUCCACUGCUGCCUGUAUUUCAUAGCGCCCUCUGGACACGGUCUGAAGCCACUGGACAUCGAGUUCAUGAAGAGACUCCAUGACAAAGUCAACGUCAUCCCUCUUAUUGCAAAAGCCGACACUCUGACCCCAGAAGAGUGCCAGCUUUUUAAAAAACAGAUAAUGAAAGAGAUACAGGAGCACAAAAUAAAGAUUUAUGAAUUCCCAGACACGGAGGACGACGAGGACAACAAACUCAUCCGGAAGAUCAAGGAGAAGAUGCCAUUGGCAGUGGUCGGCAGCAACGUGGUGAUCGAGGUGAACGGCAAGAAGGUCAGAGGUCGCCAGUACCCAUGGGGCGUGGCUGAAGUGGAGAAUGGGGAACACUGUGACUUCACUGUGCUACGCAACAUGCUGAUCAGGACCCACAUGCAGGAUCUAAAGGAUGUCACCAACAACGUCCACUACGAGAAUUACCGCAGUAAGAAACUGGCUGCCGUCACCUGUAAUGGAGUGGACACUACCAAGACCAAGGGACAGCUGACUAAGAGUCCCCUGGCACAGAUGGAGGAGGAGCGCCGGGAGCAUGUGAUGAAAAUGAAGAAGAUGGAGGCAGAAAUGGAACAGGUCUUUGAAAUGAAGGUUAAGGAGAAGAAGCAGAAGCUGAAGGACUCAGAGGCUGAGCUGGAGCGACGCCACGAACAGAUGAAAAGGAACUUGGAGGCGCAGUACAAAGAGCUGGAGGAGAAGAGACGAGUGUUUGAGGAUGAGAAGGCCAACUGGGAGGCUCAGCAGAAAAUCCUCGAGCAGCAGAAACUGGAUGCCUCCAAGACGAUGGAAAAGAACAAGAAGAAAGGAAAAAUCUUUUGAAGACACGACCUUCCCUUCAGUUUCACAUAAACUCAUUUUUUUCUUCAUCCCCUCUGAAGUUCACAUCUACCGUGGCGCUCAGAACAUAGACACAAAGAUAUAAGAGAUACAGUAUGACACUCAGCACAUUCCACAACAUUCCUCUGUGUUACAUUUGAUAAGCAGCACAUGUGACAGGGACGCCAUUCACACACACACACACAUAUACACACAUGCAAAUGCCCACAACAGCCCACGUCAUCGUCUCUCCGCAGGGUUUCACCGUAUCUGCUGAAACCUUUUCUUUUCAUGGGGAAUGCAUGUUUUUGUGAAAUUCUAUUUUCCUAUAUUUCCUGACAAAGAGGAGAAGGCUGAGUUCCUCUGAGCUACAGUACGGAGAUAACACAUGGCAGGGACCAUGCAUAGCCAUUUGUACACAUGUAGUAGUUGUAUGUUCUCUACAUAGUCCAUAGAUCUGCAGAUAGACGUCCUGUCCCUCUCUUUGACGCGCUUUGUUUUAUUGUUCUCGAAAACGUAACACAAGUGUAAACACAUUAACACACUCCGUCAUACAGACCUCACUGAGAGUGUGUGAGGAGAAGGGGCGAGUGUAUGUGAGGGAAGGCAACUGAAUCAGGUGGCAGCUGAGCAGGGAGGAGUCGGGUGGGAUCGAGGCCUGGUCACACCGGAAAGUGGCGAAAAACCUUUUUCUCCUGUUAGCAAACUUAUUAUAGCUGCUUGCAAACCAUUCCUCUUUGGUGGAGCAGUUUAUACUCCAGCGGAGGAGAUUAAGAUUGGAUGGUGCAUCACUGCUAGUUUCACCAGCUAUUUUGUACUCUGUUCCCUCAAAGGUCAGCACUGUCCAGAUAGCUUGCUAUUGGUCAGCAGCAUGUUUUCUGGCUUUAAAGUUCACCAAAAUCUGCGUGAAAAAUUCGCCCUCGCAGCCCAACCCACUGAUGAGAAUUUAGCCAUUUUAAAAGUUAAGGUGUGACCGGGCCUUCAGACAGCAUUUACAGUGCAUGAGCAGGUGUGUUUUAUCGGUUGCUGUGUUUGAGGUCAUAGAUACUGUCUGAUCUGAGCCAGACAGACAGAAGAAGGGAGAUGAGAAUGUGGUGUGUAACAGCAGCCAGGAUAUUGUCAUUGCAGUGUGUGUUUCCUAUUUAAAAAGAAGACAAUAUGCAAAAGCCUCACUGGUGUGUACGACUUUACAGGUUACAGUGAUUACAAAGACGUUUUAUAUUGUGAUGUAAGUGAUGGAUGUUGUCAUAGACUUUGAGCCCUUUUUCUGCGAGUUUUCCUUUUUCCUGUAUAACCUCCAAAGGGACACUUCAUUAAAGAGCUGAAAUAUUCCUUUAACCUUGCUUUGACCCUGGACUCCGCAGAAACGCAACUGUUUGGAGAAGUUUGCCAAUGCAGCCGUAGAUUUGUGUCUGACUUCACCUACACAUAAUGCUGUUCUUUGAAACAAAAUAUGUGAAGUCCAGGUCUGAGUGAGAAAGCAGAGAGCUGCGACACAUCCGAACCCUUGAUAGACCUUUCCGAGAGUGAUCAUGUUUUAUUUUCAUAUGACGAUUAUAUUGAUAAUACUGUAUGUACGGUUGAAGAAUGACUCCUUAAAUCCCUUGUAGUUUUCUUAAAGGACUCAUAGAUGAAUCUGUUAUUUUAGUAUAGUUUUUCAGACUGCCCACAGUCAUCGUGAUGCAUUUAAAGGACAAAUCUUACACCUUCAGCACAUAAAGGAUUACCUGUAUGGAUUUGUUCAUGAUGGAAAUGCAUAUAUUGUGUACAUACUGGAGGCUGUUCAGUUGCCUUUAUUUCUUGAGGGUUUUUGUUUUUUGUUUUUUUUUCCAGAAUAUUACGCGCCAGGAAUAACAACAGAACUUGUACUCAGAACAGAACCUGUUAUGUAAAACUUGUCUUAAGAAUCCAUGAAUAUAUUUCCAGUCAUUUAAACACACACACACACACACAUACAUAUACUGUAAACUGUAUACAUCUAUGCCAAUGAGUACACCCUCUCAGGACCGCUCUGUUACACUACAUUUUCUCCAGUCCAGAGAAAAGCAAUUCUGUGGUCCAACAAGUUAAAAGAAGUGACUAAACUUUUCUUUGAAAUGCUUGUGAACCACUCACCCUCCCAGUAACACCAAGUUAACAUAGACGCAAGUUUAGGUGGAAUUUUUUUGUUUGUUUGUUUUUUUUGUAAUAUUUUCUUUUUUUAUAUAUGUACACUGUUUUGUACAGAAGCAUAAUGAAUUCACUUGAGAAAAAAAAGUUUGCCCUGUUUUUCUGAAUGAACGAGUUUAUUGUCUCAGAAUUCUGGGAAAAGUUGUAAAACAUCCCUCAGAAUCCUGCAGGAAGCUCUCAGCUGCAGCCUGACCCUGCAGCAGAGCUGUAGCUGAUAACACUGCCAUCUAUAUUACUUAAAGACACGCGUGUUUCCUAGUGUCUCAAACCCAAACCCUUUCCUGGGAGCAUGAGAUAUCUCAUUAAUUCAGAAAAACAGCAGAUUAUUUUUUUUUUUCAUGAAAAUUUAUGUCAAUCCUGAGAUAAUAACCUUGUUGAUUCAGAAAAAUAGGGCAAGCAUUUUUUUUCUCAAGUAGAUGCAAUCUGCUUCUCUUCUUUGUUUUAUUAUGUGUCCUGUCUCUAACCGUACAUGGUUAAUAUUAAAGUUGACAAAGUUAUGCUUUAA